AUGCAGCUCCUGGUGAAGGUGCCAUCUCUUCCGGAGCUGGGAGAGCUGGACUGCAAUAUCUGCUACCGGCCCUUCAACCUCCGGGGCCGCGCGCCCCGCCGCCUGCCCGGAACCGCGCGCGCCCGCUGCGGCCACACGCUCUGCACAGCCUGCCUGCACGAGCUGGCUGCGCGCGGCGACCGCAGCGGAGCGGCCGCGCGCGUGGUGCGCUUGCGCCGCAUCAUCACGUGCCCUUUUUGCCGCGCGCCCACCCCGCUCCCUCGCGGCGGGGUCACGGAGGUCGCUGUCGACCCGGACUUGUGGUCGCGUUUGGAAGGAAAAGCGCGUGCAGAACGUGAACCUGAUGAGGCAGGUAGCCCGGUAAGGGAAGGUGGCGCCCCCGACAGAAAGGCCGACGAUGAGGAAGAGGAGAGCGAGAAGGGGUAUAGGUCGAGGAGCGCAGGCUGGCGCACUGUCCGACGGCUCUGGGACAGGUUGCUGGCGCCCGCGCGCCGCUGGCGGCGCCCGCUGCCUAGCAACGUGCUGUACUGUCCGGAGAUCAAGGACUUUGCCCACAUGACCCGCUGCACGCUGUAACUCCGGGACCCGGCAGCUAAGGCAGAAGGAAGGUGGGAGCUGCACUCUCAGGGCGUACAAGGGGCUAAUGCCAAGGCUAACCCCUCCCCCACCCAGGACUGGGACUGAUGAGGAAGUGGAGCAGAGGGCGGGAGGGAACGCCCUGGCAGGUGUUGAUGCUGAGCUGGGGAGGCUCCUAGACGAAUCGCCCCCAUCUGCUGACUGUGCCAGGAUGGAGUGGCCCAGGGAUCAUAAAAACAGUCUGCGUUCCCGUGGGAAGAAUACAGAUUGUUUCCUUAGCUGUGACUUGGCUUUUGUCCAGGGCAGCUCUGAUGUGUGGGAGCAACAAGUCCCAUUUUAGCAAUUCUGUGGCAACGGUUUGAAAAUUUCCAAAAGAUGGAGCAGGAGAACAGAGGCUGAUUUUCAGGUCAUGUUAACCUCGCUUCUCUGCCACGUAAGGGAACGGAGAAAAAGAAGCCCUUUGGUUCCCCUUCUCUCCCUCCAUCUCAGUGCAGUUGUGCCUACUGUCUCCCCACUCCCAGUACUGUGUUCCUAAAAUUAUCAAGAUGCCACCUGCCUUGCUUCAUUCCAGAAUCUCCCUUCAACCUGUUAUGGCAGGUAUCAGAA